AUGAAUAGUUUAAUUCUUAAACUAUCAAAACAUGGUGCAAUCCAACCAUAUCGAAAAAAUAAUAUAAUUAAAUUAUUUAGGGCCUACAGUACAACUAUAAAUAGUCAAAACAAUAACACUAAAAACAUAAUUAAUAAUAAUAAUAAUAAUAUCAACAAUAAUAAUAAUAAUAUCAACAAUAAUAAAAAUAAUAUUAGUAAUAAUAAUAAUAAUAAUAAUAGUAAAAUGGUCAUAAAUAAUAAUAAUAAUAAUAAUCGUGAUUUUCAAAAAUCAAUUUUAUUAAUGAAUAUUAAAGAACUAUUUAAAAAUAAUAUUAAACUUGCUAUUGAAUUAUUAUCAAAAUAUUUUAAACAAAAUAAAUUUAAUGACCAAGAUGUUGAAAUUUUAUUCCAAUGGUCAUUAAAUAAUAGAUAUUUUACAAAUAUAGAUUUAAUGAAUUUAUUUUUAAAAAAAUUUAUUGAAGUAAAUAAUUUAUUAAAUAUUCAAAAAGUUUUACAAGCUUGUCAAAAUUCAAAUACAAAAAUGAAUUUAGAAACCUAUAUAAUAUUAAUUAGAUAUUUUACAGUAUCAGAAAUGAUACCAAAUUUAAAAUCAAUAAUUAAUUCUUUAAAUAGGAAUGAAGCAAUCACUGAAGAAAUUGCAAAACUUUAUAUAAAUUCACUUGAACAUAAUGAAAAUUUAACAUCUCCAUCACCAUCAUCACAAUCAUCACCAUCAUCACCAUCACCAUCAGUAUCAUCAGAGUCAUCAACAUCACCAUCAGUAUCAUCAACAUCACCAUCAGUAUCGUCAGUAUUAGUAGCAAAACCAAAAUCACAUGUAUCAAUAUAUUAUGAUUUAUUUUCAGCAUAUUUAAGUUUAGGUGAAAUCUCAACAGCAGAAUAUUAUUUCGAUUUGAUUAAACCACAUCCUGAUGCAUUUUUUAAAUUAAUGAAAUAUUAUCAAAGUAGUCCAGAUGGUGUUGACUAUAGUAGUAAAGUAUAUAAAUUGGCAAAUUCAGAACUUCAAUAUUUAUCAAAAGAUCUUUUUAAAUCUGGUCCAUUCUUAAGGAUUUUAUCAAAUCUCCCAUUUGAAAAGGUUCAAAAAUUGUUAAAGAAAUUAUAUACCGAUCAAAUCAUCUAUGAAGAUUUAAUUGCUUCAAUCUUAUUAUUAUAUUUAGAGAAUAAUCCACAAUGGGUAAUCAAUGUAUUAGAGAAUUUCUCAAAAAUCAUAACAAAACCUAAUUUUUACAUUUCAUUAGUUAAACAAUUAGUUUUAAAUAAUGAUAUUCGAGGUAUUAUUAGAGUAUUAACAGAAAUUGGUGAAAAAGGUCAUGGUUUAAAUUCAUGUCAUUAUCAAUAUAUUUUACAAUGUUAUUUUGAAGGAAUUGAAAAAAAUAAAGUUAAUAACCAUAAUGAAGAGUUAUAUUUUGGUAAUGAAAAUGAAAUUGAAAAUUUAAAUAAAAUUUUAAAACAUAUUGUUAAUUUAGAUCCAAGUCAAGGUAAUAUUAUGUCGACAUUAUUAUUUUAUAAUCAAAGCUUUGGUAGUGCCAGUCAAUUUCAAGCAUUAGUGAAUAUAUUUGAAAAACAACCAACUAAAUAUAUCGAUGAAGUUACAUCCCAAGUUAUUAGAAGUUUCAUUCAAUUGGAUAAUUUCGAUUUAGCAAUGUUAUGGUAUAUUACAAGAUUUGAAAAGUAUGGUUUAGGUUUAAAUAAAUCAAUUAUAUUAUCAUUUUUAAAUAAUACAAAUGAUGAAAUGGUAUAUUCACAUUACAAAAGACAACAUAGAUAUUAUCCAACUAAAUUUACAAUUAAACCAACUCAAAAUGAAUCUGAUGAAAUAACUGCAAAUCAAAUGAAAUCAAUCAUUGAUCAAUUUUUAAAAGAACAAGAAAUGUUUAAACAACAACAUUUUAUUAAAGAUAAUAAUAAUAAAUUAUAUCAAGAUAAUAAAAAGAAAUCAACAACAAUAUUAGAACAAGAAGAAGAACAACAACAACAACAACAACAACAACAACAAGUACCUUUAGAAAAUUUAGAAAUAAAUAAUAAUAAUAUUAUUAAAAAUGAUGGAAACAUUAAUAAUAAUAAUAAUAAUAAUAAUCAAAUAAUUAAACAAAUUACAAAGAAUGUUUAUGAAUCAAAUAAAAUAUCAACAAUUAAUGAAACUAAUUUACAUUUACAAAGUUUAUUAAAUAUGAAAUUAAAAGAAAUUGAAAAUGAAAAGAAUGGUAUUGGUUUUGAAUUUAAAAAGAAAACAUUUAAUAUUAAUAAAUCCAAUUUAUCAGAGGAGGAAGAGUCAUUAACAUUUGCAAUUUCAGAAGAUAAUAAAGAAAAGAUAUUUUCAAUGUUAAAGAAUUAUUUAAAUAAUAAUAUUUUACCACAAAGUAAAUUAUUGAUAUCAAGUUAUUAUAAACUUUGGAAAUUAGAUGUUGGCUUGUAUAGUGAAUUAAUUGAAAUGUCACCACCAUUCAUUAGGAUAUUAGUAUUCAAUUGUCAAUUCUAUAAUGAUUUAUUAAAUUCGAAUCCAGAUGAAGCAUUUAGAUUACUUAAACAAGAAUCACCAUUAAGUAUACCCGAUACACUAUACAAUACAAUGUUGGAAAUUUUCAUUAAAGCAAAGAGAAUGGACAUUUUCAUACCAUUUUGUAAUCUAAUGUUAUCAACAAAUAUUGAUAUUGAACCAACCAAUUUAGCAAGAAUUAGUAAAUCAUUAAUUCAUGAAAAUUCCAAAAUUGGUAAUAUAGGUUUAGUUGUAAAGAUAUAUAACCAUUUUGAAAAUAAACUUGAACAAUUAAGAAAGUUAAUUAAAAAACAAAUGAUUAAAGAAUAUGAAAAUAAUGAUAAUGAUAAUGAAAAUGAUAAUGAUAUUGAUAUAGAAGAUUUUAAUUUUACUGAAGAUGAUUAUGAAAAUGAUACUCAAGAAUAUUAUAUGCAAUUUAGUAAAAGAUAUAGUGCAAUGAUGUCUCAAACAACUGCAAUUUUAAUGAAUGAAGUAGCUGAUUUGGGUCCUGAAAUGUUGAGUGAUGUAAUUAUUAGAUUAAAUGAUAAUUUGGUGAGAAGAGAUCUUGAUAACUAUAGUUAUAGUGCAAUUGCUUCAAUAAUGCGUGCAGUUUCACUCUCCUUUCCAUUGGAGCAAGGCUCACCUGUGAAACUUUGGACAUCUUAUGAAAGACAUUUCCCAAACAGAUAUAAAACCAUUUUCUAUGAACAAUUAUUCUAUCGUUUACAUUUAUCAAACAAAUCUUAUGUGGUCAAUUCAAUACUCAGAAAGAAUGAGAAUAUUCGUAAAUAUGUCAAUCAAAGAUUAUUCCAAGCAUUUAUAGAUUACGGUCAUAACCAUAAUAAUAUGGAGUUGACGGUAUUACUAUAUUCAACAGUGUUUAGAAAUCUUCAAGAAAUUAAUAAAACUCCUCCUUUUAAAAUCGAAAGAAGAUAUCAUACAUUAUUAAUAAACUCUUUCGAAUGGGUAAUGAAUCAAUGUAUUCAAACCACUCAUGGGGCCAGUCAAUUAAGAUCUCUAGAUGAACAUAAAAAUAAUUUUGCUUUCUAUGAAACUAUUUUAAAACAUCUAAAAGAAGGUAUAUUGGUCGCUGAUGAUUAUGUACAUAAUAAAGAUUUGUCUUUAUCCGAUGAAACCAUUAAGUUAAUACCUCAUUUCGUUUCUUCAAUUUUAUCUCAACAUCAAAAAUUAAAUCCAUCUUUUGAUCCAACCUCAAUUAAAGUUCCAAAACAAAUUGAAUCUAAAGAUUUAGAAAGUUUUAUGUUUGAUUUUAUUUCCAAAAAGUCAAAAAAAUAA